GAGGUCAUAGCCUGUUCCUCAUGUCGUCAACUUUGCCCGACUUCCGGGUUCUUCAGCGAUCUGUCUGCUACUAGUAUUAGUACUAGCACCAGCUGUGGUGGAUACUCGAAUGGCAAUUGUAGUUGCAGUUGUUGCUGUUGCUCGGCUGCGUCGGCUUCCAGCUCGGCUACUUGGACCCAUGGGGGUAGCCUAAGUGGGAAUAUUUGUAGUAGGGGCACGAGCCCUAUCAGCUUGGCACUUGCAACCAUCUGUCAGACGCACGGGCCAACUGUAGCACAAUCCAAUACUCAAUAUUUAGAAAAGACACACACUCAAUCACACGCAUAUGCACAUGCUCAUUGCAGUCAUCACCUGCAUCACCAACAUCAUCAGCGCCAGCAUCCCUGCAGUCACCCACAGCAAACUAUGCUUCUGCAACAUCUUCAUCACCACCAUCAGCAGCAUCUCAAACAACACACACAUUCACACUUGCCAUCUAAGACACAGCCUAACCACUCAACGGAGCUGGCUUUUCCUCUAUCACAAGCCAACUCCGAUAUAAUAUUGCCUGCUCAGGCAGAGCUGGGUUGCACCAUCUGCAACCAAGGAAUCGCCAACGCUACUGUUUCUAGCCCGUGUUCAUCCUACCUCCUGCCUCCAUAUAAAGCGCCUAGCAUAUACAACGCCUUAUCAGCAACCACUACUAACUCUGGAAUUGCUCUGGGUUCCUCUAAAUACCAGGCAAACAGUGUAAUCUCCCAGGAUAACCAAUACUCUCCUAUUACUCAGUAA